GCUAAACAAAUUCGAAUCUGGCGGAGUUUGAAAUUUCAAUUUUGAAAUCAUAAUUCCAUCACGAGUAUCACGAUGUACAUCUGUGGGUAAAAUAGGUUUCCGCGCCAUAUAAAUGGCUUUUGAUUUCUCCAGUGUGCCGAUAGAUGGCGUACUAAUCGAUCCCGCCACCUCGCGCUACAGCCUACAGCGCUAUUCGGCAUUCAUUCUUCAUUGUUGUUGUUAUUGUUCUUAUUGCCAUUUUCGCGUCAAUUGCCGGCGAUCUCAACGGAUAUUUCAGGGUAUUCCAAUUAAACGGAUACUCCCAUUAAAAUAGAUCAAAGCGCUAGAAUUAGCGCGUAGUUAUGUCAAAGAUAACAGGUUACGAUACGCACGAUGACGGUCCAGGAUUCGUGGGCAUCAGAUUUUGUCAGGAGUGCAAUAACAUGUUGUAUCCGAAGGAGGAUAAAGAGAACAAAGUACUCAUGUACGCGUGCAGAAAUUGCGAUUUUAAGCAACUGGCGGACAGCAAUUGCAUCUACGUGAACAAGAUCAUGCACGAGAUAGACGAACUAACUCACAUCGUCGCCGAUGUGAUAUCGGAUCCUACACUGCCGAGAACAGAGGAACAUCCAUGCCCAAAGUGCAAUCACAGAGAAGCAGUAUUUUUCCAGGCGCAAACUAGACGGGCUGAGGAGGAAAUGAGAUUAUAUUAUGUAUGUACGAAUCAGCAUUGCUCUCACAGAUGGACGGAAUAAAACUUAUAUGGCUACGAACGUCCGUGUACCUUUAUCCUUCUACUUGCUACUUGUAACUUAUAGUUCUUAUAAUUUUGUAAAUUGUACAAGUUGUGUAUCUGUGAUUGGAGGAGAUGCAUUGUAAUUAGUGUAAUAUGAAUAAAAAUUGUAUAUAAUAAAAGUAAUGAAGAGAAAGAACGUUCGUGCACAAGGGGAUGAUGAAUUACCGUAAGGCUCAACGCUCGGUUCGCAAUCUCUAUUCUCUUGCUGAGCAUUUAUCCCUCCGGCCGCUGAAGCAUGCGGUUGGCUUUACGGACCGGGGAGUUGUCUUUUGCGAGUCGUGUUUCCUAGCCUCAGCGUUUUACGGGGCUACGUCGUGCAAUCGCGACACAUCUCUCCAGGGCGCGAUCUUAUCAUGGUUUUUCACAGGAGAUUUUUCGUGACAUCGCGCGACAGGAAGUUUUCGUCGAAUUUAUCCUGCCGAUCGUUCCGUCAUCGUGAUAAGAGGGUGGAUGAAUGCGUUGCAAAUUCGCGAUGUAGCCACGACCUGUAGAUACCCUGGGACUACUCCCACACUCCCAGCUGUUUAUCAGAGCCAUG